AUGGCUACUAAGGAAGACAAAGAUGUCCUCUCUUACACGGACACGAAUGCUAGCCAGGCAUUAGGGGAAGUGCUCCCGGAAAAGAGGGCGAACGCCGACAUUGGCUUCGACCAGGAAGCGGGUGUUACGCAAGAUCGACUGGCAUGUUUUGCUAUCCUAACACUCACGACCAUGCUUGGAUUCCUCGAGUUUGUGUCUCUCAACUACGCUUCUGUCUUCGGUCUCCUCCAGGACGCGCACUUGGACACUCAUCAGUUCGCCUGGCUUGGAAGCAUUUUCUACUUCGGAUAUUUGUUCAUGCAGCCUUUCGUCGCCCGUAUACUCCAAUGGUUCACGCCUGGACAAUGCUUGUCUUUCGCAAUAUUGGCAUGGGGAAUCAUCCUCUUCAUGAGCGUUCUGUGUGACAGCUUUGCAAAAUUCAUGGUUGUCCGAUUCCUACUCGGAGCAGCCGAAGCAAUCGUCAAUCCUGCGUUCAUUCUUAUCAGUGCAGCAUGGUACGCACGAGAGGAGCAAUCAUUCCGUUUCGGCAUCUGGUUCUCCGCGAAUGGUCUCGCCAACAUUGUUGGCGGUAUCUCAGCAUACGGGCUGGGUCACAUCCACGUCGAUGGCCUGGCCCCUUGGAAAUGGUUCUACCUCGUGAUUGGUGCCAUCACCGUCCUUUGGGCCGUUGCCGUAUACUUCCUCCUUCCAUCCUCUCAGGGCACCGCCAAAUUCCUCACCGAGGAAGAAAAGGUGGCCGCUGUGGAGAUGGUACGCCAUAACAAUACUGGUAUCCACAACAGGACCUUCAAAGUCAACCAACUGAAAGAAGCAAUACUGGAUCCAAAGAGCUAUUAUUGGUUUGCCUUCGCCUUCUUUGGCAAUCUGGCCAACUCUGUGGCAACGUUUGGAAGCCUUAUCAUAUCGCAUUUCGGCUACGGGCCACUACCAACGACACUGCUACUAAUGCCCGUUGGCGGAAUGGAGAUCGUCGUCAUGAUCAUCGGUACUUACAUAUGUGGUCGUUUCAAGAACGUACGAUCAAUCGUUAUCGUUGCCUGUAACAUCAUCGCGUUGACUGGCUCUAUCAUGGUUCUUACAUUGCCACUGGACAACAAGGUUGGACUGCUACUGGGCUUCUAUAUGUUUGCAGCAUGGCCAACGGGAUACGCUCUGUCACUCGCAAUGGCAGCGUCAAACACGGCUGGACACACCAAGAAGGUCGUCACGAAUGUAUACAUCAUGGCCGGCUUCUGUGUGUCAAACAUCAUUGGACCGCAGUUUUUCAACAAGCCACCGCGAUACUACCUUGGGAUCGGCUCGUGCAUCUUCACCUUUGCCGGGAUGAUUGUGACGGCCGUCAUAUUUCAGCUGCAUGUCAUGCACAUCAACAAGAAGCGUGCGCCUCAGAGGCGUGAGGCUGAGAUCGCGCUUGGAGGUAGGAUCGAGAACGGGUUCGAGGAUCUCACGGAUGGGGAGAAUGCACUCUUCGAAUAUGUGUAUUGA